AUGAUGGAGUGGAAUAAGCAGCCGCCACAACAGGCGGUGCAGCCGGAGGAAAUGAACGGAAACGGUGGUGGAAAUUUGAAUGUAAACGGUGGGGGGAUGUUUGUUAAAGUGAUGACCGACGAGCAAAUGGAAGUUCUACGAAAGCAGAUUGCAGUAUAUGCCACCAUUUGCGAACAACUCGUCGAAUUGCACAAAUCCCUCACUUCUCAACACGAUCUUGCAGGAGCGAGAUUGGUAAAUCUAUAUUGUGAUCCUUUAGUGACAUCUGGAGGGCAUAAAAUUACCGGCAGACAGAGAUGGACUCCAACGCCUGUGCAACUUCAGAUUCUUGAACGAAUAUUUGAUCAAGGAAAUGGAGCUCCAAGCAAGCAGAAGAUCAAAGAGAUAACAGCAGAAUUGUGCCAACACGGCCAAAUUUCUGAAACAAAUGUUUAUAAUUGGUUUCAGAAUAGACGUGCUCGAUCCAAAAGGAAACAACAGGCUACACAAACAAACAAUGCCGAAUCAGAAGUGGAGACAGAGGUUGAGUCACCAAAUGAAAAGAAAACAAAGCCUGAGGAUUUUCAACCUCCGCAUAUUGCAAGUUCAAGGGCGGCCGAUGAUCUCUGCUUUCAAAACCCUGAGGCUAGUUCUGCUAUGCAUUCUAUGGAUCCACGGGGAAGUAAGCCUGAACCCUUGUUGCCUCCUGAAGGCAGCUCAAAUCACAGUGGGAAUUUCGGGCAAAUGUCUUUCUAUGGCUCUAUGUUAGCAAAUCAGAGGAUGGAUAACUUGAUUGGAAAGAUGGAAGUUCCAGGAAACUAUAAUCCAUAUAUGCAACCAGAUGACUACAACAUGACAAGCUAG